AUGGCGCGAUCUCGAUCUCGAAGUCGUGGCCGCGAGACCCUGAAGCUGACGAGUAUCUCGGGCGAGCUGCUGGCGGAGUUGGACCUGGACGAGGAGCUCCGGGCGGACUUCGUGAGCCAAGUGAAGCUCCGCCUCGGGGAGCGCCUGGGCUGCCCCGCCUGCCGCCUGCAGCUGCUGUCCGUCCGCCCUACGAAUUCGGCCACGAGUUGGGAGUCCUGCGGAAGGCCGCGGGAGCUGCAGCUGCUGCGGGUGCCGCUGGUGCGUGACUACCACGAUGAUUUGGUCGACGCUGUGGGGCUGCAGUGUGUGGCUCGAGUGCGCGAGAUCCUGGAACGCGGUCAAGACCCCAGCUUCUCGGGCGACGGGAAGCCGGCGGUGUUCCAUGCAGUGGCUUCUGCAAACCUGGAGAUCUUGUUGAUUCUGCGAGCUGCUGGGGCCGAGAUGGACCCCCAAGACCGAGUGGGCGCCUCGCCGCUGUUCCUGGCCUCGCAGCUGGGCUUUGAGGCUGCAGCGCGGCUGCUGCUGGACAGCGGCGCGGAGGUGAACCGUGUAGCGGAGAACGGCAUCACCGCCUGCCACAUUGCCGCGCGGAACGGGCACCCCAGCUUGGUCCAGGUGUUGAUUCAAAGCGGCGCCGACAUGAACAGAUCCAGCGAGGAUGGGUUUGCUCCUCUGCAUGUGGCCGCUUUGUAUGGACAGGCGGAUGUGGUAGCGGCGUUGGUGAAGCUUGGCGCAGAUGUCAACAAGACCAUCGAAACUGGGUUUACCUCCCUGCACCUUGCGGCCUGCAACGGUCAUGCAGGCGUGGUGCGUGCGCUGGUUGAGGCAGGCGCCGACAUCAACGCGUCCAUCGACGAUAGCUUCACGCCCCUGCACGUGGCAGCGGUGAACGGCCAUGAGUCUAUGGUGCAUACCCUGGUGCAGGUGGGCAUGGACGUGAACAAAGCCAGCAAAGACGGCUUCACCCCGCUGCACGUGGCGGCGCUCUACGGCCAGGAGCCCGUGGUGCGGGCGCUGCUGGGCUUCAAGGCCGACGCCCUGCGGCGCCUGGAGACCGGCCUCGCGGCGCGGCAGCUGGCGCAGCGCAACGCCCACGGCGGCGUGGCGCGGCUCCUGGCGGAGGCGGAGGCUGCGGCAAGCGAAGAAGUGGAGCCAACAGAGCCAGUGCUGGCGGAGACAAAAGAACCGGAGGGGAGCGGCGCUUGGAGUUGGUCCCUGCGGCUCUUCGAGCAGCUGGGCUCCUGGCGCCUUUCGGCCGACCAAGUGAGCUGCUGCACCGCCAUCACCGCGUGCCAAGACGAGUGGCAGCGGGUUCUCGGAUUCCUUUCUGAGAUGCAGCUGCGGAAGCUGGAGAAGAAUCAGUUUGUCUACAGCGCUGCCAUCAGCGCUUUGUCUGCCGUGUGGCAGCUUGCGUUGUCCCUCUUUCUUGAGAUGCGAGCAGCAAGGAUGCAGCCGAAUGCGGUGGUUCGCGGCGCCACUAUCAGCGCCUGCAAGUCAUGGACGCUGUCCUUGCAUCUGCUUGAAGGAGCGCCGAGCGUCAAGGCCGCUGCCGCCUGCGGUGCGCCGUGGCAGUGCAGCCUGCGGCUCCUCGCCAGGCUGCGAGGCCGCUGCCUUCGCCUGGACACCGCCGCCUUCCACGCCGCCGGAUCGGCGGAUUGGCGCCUCAGCCUGGCGAUGCCCUGGCGGCACCUGGCGCUGCCGGCGGAGCCGCUGGCGCACUCCUUGGCAGUCACAGCCUGUGGGGAGAUGGGGCUUUGGGAACGCUCGGCAGAUGUGCUGCUGGCAGUCUUCCAGCAAACGAUUCAGGCGGACUUGAUUCUGCACAACAGCGUUCUCAGCGCCUACGCCGCGGGAGUGCGCUUCAGAGCUCGGCUCGAUCGCAGCCCUUCAGAGGCCGUGAGCCUAAAGGAGGGGGAUGAGUUAACGGAGAGUGUGAAGCCGACGAACACGGCAAAGGAGAGCGAGCUAAAGUCGCAGCUGCGUUGUGCCAACCAGAGAUUCUUGGAGCUACAGAGUGAGAAGGACAAUGCACUGAACAUCGUGCAGAGCGUGGCCAAGGAGCGGAAUGAGUUGAAGGUCCAGCUGCAAGCUGCUCAGCGCAGAGCUUUGGAGUUGCAGAGUGAGAGGGAGACGGCGCUCGGCGACAUCCAAAGCGCGGCAAGGGAGAAGCAUGAGCUCAAAUCUCAACUUCAAAGCAGUCGUCAGAGUCUGUCUUGGGAGGUGCAAAAGGCAAAGCUCUUUGUGCAGGAGAGGGAUGAGCUAAAUUUGCAGCUACAUUCAUCAAAUCAGAGGUUUCUGCAAUUGCACAGCGAGAAAGAACAUGCUUUGAAUGACAUUGCCAAUCUGGCAAAGGAAAGGGAUGAGCUGAAGGGUCAGCUUGAAACUACUCAUCAAAGGUUUUCGGACUGGCAGAGGGAGAAGGAAGCAGUACUUGCUCAUGCCCGCCAGAGCUGUCAGGGGGAGAAGGAGACUGCGAUCAAAGCCGCCCAUCAGAGGUGUCUGGAGUUAAAGAGUGAGAAUGAGAUGGCACUCAAAAGCGCCCAUCAGAAGUGUUUGCAGUCUCAAAUUGAGAAGGAGAUGGCGCUCAAAACCGUCCAGAGCAUGUCAAAGGAGAGGGACCAGUUGAAGUUGCAGCUUCACGCCGCCGAUCGGAGCUUUUCCGCAGAGCUUCAUAAGUGCUUGAAUCUUGCAGCAGAAAGGGAUGAGCUGAAGUCUCAGCUUGAUUCGGCGAGUCAGAAGAGUGUACAACUGCAGAUUGAGAAGGACCAUGCACUGAGCAGCAUCAAGACUUUGUCGAAGGAGAUCUCUGAACUGAGCUUUCAGCUUUCCUCCGGGCGCUAUGACAUUGCUGUUGCCAAGUCACGAGAAUUCUGCCUGCAGCAAGACAAGAAGAGCACGGAAAGCGAGCUUGUGUUUGCCAAACAGAGGGCUGAAGAACUGGAGGCUGAUAACCAUCGAUUGAGAAGGGAGAGGAGCGAUUUGAAGUCGCAGCUUCAGGACGCCAAUCAGAGAGCUGGAGAUUUGACUGUAGACAAACUGUUCAAACACUUGCUGGCUCAGCACUUGACGGACCCCAUCGCCUGCAGCGCACAGCCAUCUUGCCAGGCGUUAUUGCAUCCGGAUCCUAUAUUCCAAGCAGUGCGAGACUUUGCCAUUUCCACCCUGGUACAGCACAGACGCGCUUACAACUCCUCUGAGUGGUGUUUGCCAGCGAAGUUGUGUAACUUCCAUAUUGAGCGCUUACACAACCGCACGUUGCGAGAAAAAUACAUGGCGGAGCUCGAGCAUUUGAGCAGCUCGACCUGCUCUCAAGGGGGCGUCUCAGCAAUUUCGGACGUGGCAGCAGACGGAUCUCUGAGGCCAUUCUUCGAGCUGGAACCGAUGGAUGCGAGCCUCAACGAGGUCCUUCUUUUUCACGGGGCGAAACCUGAGAUUCUUGAGAAGAUUCGAGUCGGGGGAUUCGAUCCACAGCGGGGGGGCGAAGGUGCAGGGGCCAUGUUCGGCAUUGGCAGCUACUUCGCACGGAACCUGUCCAAGUGUGAUCUCUACUCCGGCGGAAAGCGCACACGGCAGGUGCUUCUAAGCCGCGUGCUGCUGGGGCGUCCGUAUUUAGCUAAGCAAGCGCUCGGGAAAGAGGUCCACCGCCCUCCUGACCGCAGAUCUGGUAAAUCUUGCGAUUCGGUGGUAGGUCUAACACGUGCGGAAGGUGGGGCUGUGGACCACCGCGAGUAUAUCAUUUUUGACAAAGCCCGUGCCCUGCCGCUGUUCCGUAUCACCUUUGAGCACCACACAACUUGUCGAUGCCACAUUUGUUCUUAA